UUGGCGCUCGGCGCGGCGCGCGGCGUCGCGGCGCUCCACGCGGAGCGCAUCGUGCACCGGGACCUGGCGUGCCGGAACCUGCUCGUCGACGGCGAGUUGCGGGCGGUUGUCUGCGACUUCGGGCUCGCGCGGCUCCGGGCCGCGGCGGCGUCCAAGGGGUUCACGACGCAGGAGCUCGGCCCCGUGCGCUGGGAGGCGCCGGAGUCGCUCGAGCGCCGCGAGUACUCGGAGGCGUCGGACGCCUACGCGCUCGGCUGCGUGCUCCACGAGCUGUCCGCGCGCGGCGAGACGCCCUGGCCGCCGAGCUGGCGCGCGACGGCCGUGGCGCACGCCGUGCUCUCGGGCAAGCGGCCGGCGCCCUGGGCCUGCAGCCCGCCGGCGCUCGCGUUCUGGCGCCGCCGGUGCUUCGAGGCGCGGCCC